UCCGGUUCUGUAGACGUGUCAACAUCUGCAAAUAACAGCCAAACACAGUUAUCCCUAUAUUUACUUAAUUCACUAUUGGAAUACUGGGCGCAAAGUAGCCUAGAUCUAUUAAUUCCAGGAAAUGCCAAAAGAAUCACUUCGUGAAAAACUCAACGGCAAUGAGCUUGAUUUAAGCUUAAGUAAUUUAGAGACUGUUCCAGUAAAAGAACUGGUAAAAAAAAAAAAAAGACACAUUCAAUUAUCAUUCUAUCAAAUUCAAACUAACCACGUUUAAAAAUUGGACUUAUUAGUAUUAGUAUUUACUAUUUACCCUUGCCCUUAAAAAAAUGCUAUCCCCUAACUGUCAGUUAGUAGUAUAGUUGGAUGGCGUGGGGGGGGGGGGGGGGGGGGGGGGGGGUGGAUAAAUUUGGAUUAUCUUAAUAAAUGAUUUCUUAUUUGUAACCAGGCUGUUUACUCUCACUAAAAGCAAUGCCUUGUGCUUGUGAUUUAAUUAAAUCAUUAUUAGAGGGAUUGAUUAGAAUAUAGAUUUUAAUCUAGUUUAAUAAAUUAACACAAACAUGGCACAGAAGAAUUCUCUGAGACUAAUAAUUAAUAAUACAAAUGGUCCAUAUGCAAGACCAAUACUGAGUAGGCCCUAAAUAAUGCCCCAGUACUCAACUUAGUAGGAGUAGGGAGCCUAAUUUUUUCAAUUUUAAUUAUUUUUGCACUUUAACUCACACUGUUUGUAUUAUUAAGACCUACAUUACACGGAAUAAAACUGAUAGUUUCACCAAUUUAAAGUUAAUAUAAUUUCAUUAUAAUAUUUAUAAAGGGCAUAAUAGAUUAAUUCUUAACUAUAGUUAUCGGCCUAGAAUAACUCAAAUUUUGAGGAUUUUUGUUGUUCCAUUUUCUACACCAAUGAGAAGUACUUGAUUCUAUUAUUGUACCAGACAAGGCAUCAAAUGUUAAAUGCUCUUUUUAAAUCCUUUUACCUUAGGCAGCCCUACCAAAAGCAACACACUUGGACUUAUCCAACAAUCUGCUCACAGUACUUCCAGUAAGUGUCGAAAAGAAUUCCAACAUUUAAAAUUGGCAGUUUGAAUGAAUUUUGAAUUCUUCAGAACAGGGCGGUCUUUCUCAGGGUAUGUCAAGAAAAUAACAGCUAUAUUUUUGUUGAAUCUUUGUGACAAAGUCAAAGAGGAACAUGUGCAAUGCAGUCAAGAAAAUCCAGGGAAAUAUCUUCUUAAUGUACAAACUUUGAAUGUCAAUUUUAAUUUUCAAAAUUUUUUAGGGAAAUCCUGCAUUAUGCUUAUGGAAAAAUAAUCCUUUAUGUUGAUUAUUGAACAAUUGCUUUACUUGCUUAAAAUCGGAAAACUUAUUAAAUAUCAUGUUUUAUUUGACUGCCCAUCCAUCCCCAAUUUAAAAAAAAUCAGUGGGUUUAAGAUACAUUUUUUUUAGUUAGCUCAUGUUUAGAAUAUCUCACAUUUUUAAUUUCAUCAUAUAUCUUUUGUUCUUAGGAUGUAUUUUGCACCUUGACACAUAUCAUCAGGCUAGAUUUAAGCAAAAAUGCCUUGAAUGAACUCCCUAAAGAUUUUGGUCAACUAGAAAAUUUGCAACAUCUUGACCUUCUUGGUAAUCAACUGAAAACACUACCCAGAUCUUUCUGUAUGCUGAAAAAGUUAAAAUGGUUGGAUUUAAAAGACAAUCCCUUGGAGGAUGGACUGAAGAAAAAUGCUGGAGACUGCCUAAAUGAAAUUGAAUGCAAGAAAUGUGCAACCAGGGUAUGUAUUAUGACUAGUUAACUCUACAUCUACUGAAAUUUUAUAAAAUCGUUGUAGUACAUUUUUAAAGUUUGGAAUAAAUUUAUAUGGCACCAAAGGGGAAGCUAUUUCAGAAAAGAGGUCUAAUAAAAUGAAUUUUUUUUUUUUUGGUGUUAAAUGCCAUUUUACUGUCUGAAAAUAAUUGAUUUUAACCUGAUGAUAGUUUUCUGAAAUAAUUUGUUUCCAUAUUAAAUUCACCAUAAUUAUUUCAGAUAUUAAUGUACAUGACAGAUCUAGAUGAACAGUUAGAUAAACAAUGGGAAGCAAAGAAAAAAAAACAAGAAUGUAAGUAGUUAUACAGUCAUAGAAUAUCAAAAUGCUUUACACAUCUGUUUAGAAUUUCAAAAUGCACAGCUGUUUUUAUUUGUCAUAUCUUGAAUUAAUUAACUGUCAUUGUGCAGACUAUUAAAUCUUAACUGUCAUAAUUAUUAAUUUAAGAUCUCAUGAUUAGGAACACAAGCCCUGGGGAAAUAUUAAACCAAACUAUCGUAAUUAUCAGUGUAAGAUCUCAUGAAUAGAAACACAAGCCCUUGUCAUCAUCCUUGGUUGCCCUGGUCUUUAGGAUUCUUUUGUGUCAGUGUUAUUGUAGUAAAAAGUUCAUUAUAUUGGUUGGGUUAUCACAAUUACUAAUUUGCGAUAGAUGCAGAAGAUGCCCAAAUUUCAUUAUUGACUAGCAAAAAUAUUAUGCUUCUACCAUUAAAUGGUCUUUUAUAAAUUUGUUGAAACUGUUUUAGAGGGUGCACUGUGAUCUAUUUUACAGUGGCAGAAGCUAAACAAAAAGAAAAAGAAGAGAAAGAGCAACAGCGAAAGCGUCAGGAGAAAAAAGCUGAAAAGGAAAGGAGGCGGCGAGAACAUGAAGCAAGAAGAGCUCAAGAGUUACUUGCCAAUAAUGGUGAUACAUCAGAUGAAGAAAUCAAUGCAGUUAGAGGUAUUGAAACUGUCACAUAAUGAUAAUAAGCUCUAAUUUUAAUCUAAACCCAGAGAACUUUUAAACAUCUGUUAAAUCUUUUUUUUCAACUUGAGGUGAGCCUUAUUUUAUGCAGUAAAAUAAUGUAAAUUUUAAAAAUAAAAUAAAAAUAAAAACAACAACCUGCAAUAUCCCUUUGCUAUUAAUAUGAGUUUAAUCGUUUAAACAUUUGUAUUUAUUUGAAAUAUAAAAAUAUAUAUAUGUGUGUGUCCGCCCACAAGAUUUCAAGUAGAUCUUAUUAUCAUAUAUUUAUAUUUAAUGCACUUGAUUGAGUCAAAAAUUUUAUAAUCUUUUUCAGAAAAACUUAAAUUCAAAGAAAGUCUCAAAGGAAAAACAGGAAGAGGUUAGUUUAAAUGUGUACUUAAUUUCCAAAUUAAUUGACUACAAUUUGAAACUCCGCAAGACAUUUGAAUAAAUUAAAUCUUUUAUGUUUCACAACACCAGAGCUCACAUUCCCAAGUUUUGUGUGCAAGCUUGAUUUUUACACCAUAAAUUGAAUUUUCUAAAGAUUUUCAAAUUAGUUUUAAACCAUAUCAGAAAUCAAUUUAAGACAGGAUUUUAUGUGCUAUUUACACUGGGAAAGAUCUCACAGUGCACGAACACUUAAAUAUUCUGAUGUUUUUUUUAGCUAAUAUAUCUUGGACAUGCCAAGUAGCUAGUAAUAAUUUUUUAUGAUGUAAAGAAUAAUAAAGAUCUUACUAAGACAAUUUAAAAACAAUUCUUUUCAGGUCAGGGUAGUAGGAACUGCAUCUUAUUGGUUCUCUUCUCAUUCCUUGCGCUGUUUGCUGCUCUGCUGGUUGCAAUAGAUUUCCAUUGUAUUACCAGUCAAAAAGAUUACAUGUGCACUACAUAUUGGCAGCCACUGCGAGUGCAGGUCAUACAGACCUGGGAGUAUUUAUGGGGUUCACUGUUAGAAUUUUACCACAAGCACAUAGAAGAAUAUUUUUUGACCACAGCAGUAUUUUAGGUUAGCAAUUAUUGUCUUUAAAAAAAAUAAUUGUGUGGGGAAAAAAUGAAUGAGAGGAAAAAUGUUAGUUUUAAUUAAGGAAAUGAACCAUUAUCAAAUAAUCUGUUUCUUAAUAUACCAAUAACUUUCACAUAGCAAUGCUGGAAUGCCAGCAAUGAACUAUUUUAUUUUAUUACUAUUGCUUUAUCGUUAGUACUUGUUUCCCUGCACCUGAAUUUCCACUGCAUGAAUAGUAAAGUUUUAAACACAAUUUUAUCAAUAUAAAUAUAUAUGUAUAUAUUAUAUCAAAGGUAGAAAGCAAAAAAAAGAUUGGGAAUUUAGUAUUAAAAAAAUAGUGUUCAGAUUUAAGGAAAUUAACUAUUAAGGUAAUGAGAGCUGUAUUUAUGUACCUUGCAUUGGUUAAGUUAAAAGCAUUAACUGCAUUCAUAAGUUAAAGUCUGAUUGUUUUAGUUUAUAUUUAUUUAUUGCUUCUUAUGCAACUUGCAGCGGCAAGGAGAUGCAUUAAUAUUCCAGAUACACCCAUCUAAAAUUAAAUGAAAAUUGUACCAUUCUAAAUUUUGAACCCAUUGUUUUUAAAUGUGUUAAAUUAAUGUUUCGAUAAAUUAAUAUAAAUAAAAAUGUGUCUCAUAAAAUCUGCAUUAUACUUUUUAACCAGUUAUUAAAAUAUAUGAUUGGGUAAGAGAUUAUUAAUUGAUUGGAUGACUAGCUCUCUGAAAUUCAUUUCUUGGAUGACUUACUCUCUGCAAUAGUGGUAACGAUUUGUAUGCUGUGCACUGAGUAAGGGAGUGGGUGGGGGAGAGGGAGGGGAUAUUGAUUCUUCAAAAGACAGGAAGAAGAGGAAAUAUAUUUAUUGGCCAGUGAUCACUAAAUUAACCAUUAGUGCCAUAAUGGUUGAGAACUAUGGAACAAUUGUAUGUGUCUGUCUGGCUGUUAAUAGUUACUGCUAAGCCCCAAUACCCAUCAAUGCUUGAACAGUAAUACAAUUAGGGUAUGGUCAUUGAGCCAUAUUCUUUAUUGUUGCAAUUUAUGAAAAGAACUACAUGUAAUUUAAAUGUAUUUAUCUAUCAUAAUUUAACUAUAGGGUGUAAGGCAGCUUUUGUAAACGCUGUUCAUUGAAAUAAGUGUAUAGUAUUUUUUUAUAGUUAUCUUUUUUUUUUUUGAAGUAAUGAUCAGAAUUUAUAAGUAUUUUUUUAAAAACAACAUCCUUCACUUCCCUUUUUAAUAGAUUUUUAAAAAUUGGACACCAUUAGAUUUAAAAGUUAGAUUUAAAAGUUCUAUCAGUUCAUGUUUAUGUAUCGGUAUACAAAUUCAGGCAAAUAUUUUUUAAGUAUUAUUUCCCAUGUUAUCUUUGCACAUGGUGAAAAUUGUUGGUUGCAAUUGCUUUUUUCCUCAAGGCAGCACUUGUAUUCUUAAAAAAUGCAAGGUUUUUUUUUUUUAUAUGCAGAUAAUAAACCACAUCAGAUUUACUUAAUGAAUUAACUUGUCUACACUAUAAAUUUAGUUUUGUUUGUGAUAGAAAAGGAAUGCAUUCACUAUUGUUUUAAUAGCCUGAAAUUUUUUAAAAUGAGAACUCAUUUUUAACAUACCUUGUAUGCCUUUUUAGGCAAACACUUAUGCUUUCCUCCUUUGGUGGUGGGGGGGAGCUGGCAGGCUAGUCCUAAUAUUUAUUAACCUCUCAAGGAGAGGACUGAAAAGAGUCUGUGG